GCAACAGCUCCAUCCUGUCCUGGCCUUGAAAGGAAUUGGAUCCUAGGUGGUGACAACAUUUCCAAUCAAUUGUCCUCUGUCGCCCUCUGCUGUUCUUCUGGAGAAGUUUCCCCUUACAACAAUGAGAAAUCAUGUACUAGCUGCAUCCAUUUCUAUGCUCUCCCUGCUGGCCAUAAUGGGAGAUACAGACAGCAAAACAGACAGCUCCUUCCUGAUGGACUCUCAACGCUGCAUGAGACACCAUUAUGUCGAUUCUAUCAGUCACCCAUUGUACAAGUGUAGCUCAAAGAUGGUGCUCCUGGCCAGAUGUGAAGGGCACUGCAGCCAGGCAUCACGCUCUGAGCCGUUGGUGUCCUUCAGCACUGUCCUCAAGCAACCUUUCCGUUCCUCCUGUCACUGCUGUCGACCUCAGACCUCCAAGCUGAAGGCUUUGCGUCUGCGCUGCUCAGGGGGCAUGCGACUCACCGCCACUUACCGGUACAUCCUCUCCUGUCACUGCGAGGAAUGCAGCUCCUAA